CUGUAAGGAUUGCAAGAAGGCAGCGUGUCAGAAAUGUUGCAUCAUUUACCACAGGAAAUGUGACGCCGUUGUCACGAUCACCUGAAGGCUACUCCUGUGUUACAGGACACCAUUAACGUCAGAGUAGGAGGCGACAUUAACACACCACACCCGCGUGACGUGACAGUGAUGGUGGUGAAUGACACAGAUACAGUUGUAGUCACAGACUGGAUCAACGACAAUGUGAAGUCCUUCUACACCAGGAAUAACCAGACACGUCACAGUAAACUCAGUCUGGGUGGUCGACCAUGGAAUCUGACAAAGUUGACACACAACCAGGUGGCGGUCACUGUCUGGAACAUCUAUCAGAUUGUAACGGUAGAAGUCAACCCUGACCUGGUGCUGCUGUCAACCAUCACAACCAGCAAACAGUACUGGGGCAUAACGUCCCUGACACCAUCAACACUAGCAGCUAGUUCCCGGUCUCCUACCUGUGUUGAUAUCCUGGAUAUGACGGGAAACGUGCUGAGAUCAAUCAGUCCACUCCACAACGGUAACAACAUCUUACAAAGACCCAACUAUCUCUGUACCACGAGGACUGGAAACAUCCUGGUGUCUGACUGUGGAACCAAGCGUGUCGUGUGUCUGACCCCCGAGGGAGAUGUGGUGUUCACCUACAGCCCUAUAGGAGACACAGCACUGAAGUGUCCCCAGGGUAUCACACGUACCAGCACAGGUGACAUCCUGGUGACAGACUACCUUCUACACAGAGUCAUCCAUCUGACGGAGUCAGGACAGUUUGUCAGAAACAUACUGACACAACAGGACGGUAUCAACUAUCCCUGGGGUGUGUGUGUAGACGGACAUGGCCACGUGUAUGUUUGUCUCAUUAGCGGAGUUAUUAAGGUGUUCACAUGUAAACACUGACAACGUGUGUUUGUGACAUAUAUAUGUGUGUAGAACUCUCUCAGGUUGCUGUCGUCUUUAGGAAGGAAUUCAUAAACGCCCAAACAGUAGGAUACUGAUUAUCCGCAUGUUGCCUAAUGGAUGACGAUGUACUAUUCAGGAUAUCUCAGUCACAUGCAUGUCUCACAGUACACGAUACAUCAACUGCGUUUUAAAGACAGCUCAGAUACGAGACCUGUCCAUGUUACUCUCUAAUACAUCAACAUACUGAAGUAAUCAGGAUUACCAAGACAUGUGGUGGACGGUCAUACAUUUAUUGAUUUUAUGUGUACAUGUUAUUAAUAAAUGUCGACAGACCUGAAAUUUGA